UGGUAAUAAAUUAAAUUAAAAAAAUUUGGGCACUAAUGGUUUAAAGUGGUGCUCUAGUACGGUCCCAGUCAAAUGGCUGAAACAGGUAAAAGAAUGAAAGAAUAUUGGAGAAAAUUUUUACCAGUAUUUCUUCUGACCCUUUAUAUUCUGAGUUCCAGUUCUGCUGAGAUCAACUUUGCCUUUCAUGUUUCCUGAGCUCGAUAAGAGAAGUACCAGUUGAGCAUCAGGGUUGAUGCAACCAACACCCUUCCCCUAAAACUACUAGCCUUGUACCAAAAUUUAUAACAAUUAUUAUAAUUAUCAUUACAUGCAUUUGCUCAAUGACCUCAGGUCAGUAAAUUUACAUGUGGUAGCCAUUAGCAAGAUAUGGAUUUCUAGAGCACACUCCCUGGGACCCAUUUUCAUUGAUUACAAUGCAGUUUGCUGGACGCUCUUUCUUUUUCUCUCUCUCUCUUUCUGUCUUUGUUGUAGGCCAAUCAGGCUCAUCAAGGAUAUCUUAAUAUUCACCUGAUACCCACUGAGGUGGACAAAGAGCUUUUGGACAGCGUACUGGAAAGCGGCACCAUGACAACUGAACCCCCGAGCAUCUUUCUAAAGGACAGAGUACCACGAAUUGACCUAACUCCCUUUAUGAAAAACAUGGGAAAACCAGUGAAAUAUUUGACCGAAGAACUGUUGAACAAUCGUCAGUUACAAAAAGAAAUGAAAGUAGAAGCAUAUCGGUCAGAUCGGAAGAGGGCCGAAGAAUGGUUAGAAAACGAGAGAAGAUCUUUGAAGAUUUUAAAAGCAAAGCAAAUCGAAUCUUGUCAACAGAUGCAGUUACAACUUGACCAUGCUCGAGAGAACUUUUUUCAGCAACGUGAAGAGUACAGACAGUCAUGCAUAAAGAUAAUGGAAGAAAACCAAAUUGAUCUGGAUGAGAAGGACCUUAAACCACCAUUUCAUAAGAAGGGGGCAAAGAAGGGGCCCAACAAGACUGCCAACAAAACAAAGAAAUAAAGAUGAAUUCACAAUACAUAUGAGCAAAUAUACAUACAUACAUGUAUACACACAAACACACACACACACACACGUAUAUAUAUAUAUAUAUACACACACAUAUGGGGUUGGCCAGAAGUCACCUGACAGUGAAUCAAAAACCAUUUAAUUCCAAGAUUUAAUUAUGUUUAACAACUGAAUGAAUUUAACGAAAGCAUCUAAAUAUGAAGCAUCAUGAAAAUUGUUCAAACAGAAGUCCUUCUUGAACAACACCAUUUUUUCCAAAUGAAUAAAUGAAACUGAAAAUUAAGUAUUUAUGGAAUUUUGAUUUACUGUCAGGUGACAUUUGGCCAACCCUGUAUGUAUAAUAAGUGUUUAUUUACUUUUAAGAUGUCUGCGUAUAUAAAUUAAUUCUUUCAGUAUGUAAACCUUUUCCACAUAAAAAUGAAAUAAAUAUGAUCAUGUACCAACAUAUCAAGUAACUCACCAA